GGGUCUGAGGCUGAGGGGAGAAAACUGAGGUAGAGGUGGGGGAACCUGAGGUAGACGCGGCGGAAUGGCGGCGGAGGAGCGGUCCCUGAGAUGGAGAAGGGGUUACUGAGGCAGAAGAGUCACACUGAGGUGAAGGUGAACGACGUGAAGUAGCCUGAGAGUCUGGGGAGGAGGGCGAGGAAUGGAGGGAGACGAACGGAGUCUGAAGUGGAGGAGAAAGUGGAUUAACGGGACACUGCGGCCGGAAACAGAACUGGACAGAGUCUGAGCUAGGGGAAGGAAACGGAGCCCCAAGAGGGGCAUUGGCGGGAGAAGGGACGUGCUGAGAAGCGCCUUUGAGGUGGCGGUGCUCUUGCGGAAGGCACGAAGGGCGUUCGUUUUGGCAUUUUCUGAAAUUUCAGACCCAGGAGGGUUUUUCCUGUUUGGGGUAAAAUGGGAAAGGAUGUUCCCUUAUCAGUCCCUCUCUUCGUUUAGUCUCCGCCUCAAGAACUUGGCCAUUUCUUUGAUCCGUCCGGAUGUGUGGCUUCCUUUUAAGAGACCCUCAGAAAGGGGCCUCAGUUGUGAAAGCAAUAGCAAGCCGCGAGCUGGUCUCUCAAGGCGCUGGAGAGAACUGGCUGAGCCACUGCUGACCCCAACUUUGACCUGGGCUCUGAUUCACAGAGCUUGUUUUCUGAGUUUCUAAGGAGUAGACAAGUUGGGAAAGUUUUAUCAGCAUUCCUAACUCAGCUUUUACCCUUAUUAAAUUUACUCUAUCCUUAAUGCCGGGCCCUGUGUUAAAUGCUUACCCCCCACCCCGCAAUAUUUAAUCCCCAUAACAGGCCUGUAAAGCAGAUGCUGUUAUUGUGCCUAUUUUACAGAUGGGUUAAAGUUUAGUCUCCUGCCCAAAGUGACACAGCCAGGGUUUAUUAACCCAGGACUCUUGAGUUCAGAGCCUGUGCUCUAACCUUUACAAAAAGUUGCCUUUCUUGCUUCUUCUAGUACUAUUUAUUUGUGGGAUAUGAAAUAAUUGGUUUUAUUUUGUUUAAAAAUUAUUAUUUAAAAUUUAUAAAAACUAGUGCAUGCUAGUAACAAACAUUACAUGAAUGAAGAGGUUAUUAAUCUUUCCUUCCUCUGGAAAUCUCUCCACCCCCAACCAAAGGUAGUGGUGUGGUGUGUAUAUGAAUAGACUGCAGGUAUUUCAGGUUUGUUUUUUCUUUUUCAAACUACUUUGAGCUCUCCUGUUUUACAAGUUAGCUAAGAAAAGCUUUAUUGGUUUGACACACUUUUGUACUUUUUUUGCCUUUAAAAAAAUGUUGAUUUAGUUUUAUUUGGUUGGGGGUGGGGCAUAUACUCCUUACAUUCUCCAGCUAUAAUGGCACAUGGCAGAUUUUUUUUGCUUGUUUUUGUUUCCUUGUUUUAUUACAGUUGUCUGAAUAACAAAAUUGUGCUCAUUCUGACAAUUCAAACAAUGCAAAACUAAAGUAAAUGAAUAUUCUUCCCUCUCCCUCUUUCCAUACCUUUUCCAUACAUCUACACAUAGGUAUUUUUUUUAAUGUAUAAGAGCAUAUCUAUUAUUUGGCAAUUUGCUUUUUUUUUUUGACUUAUCAAUAAAACAUACUUUAAUGUGCUGUUAUAUGCAUUAUUAAAUUAAGUAAAAAAUCACAGUGGUCAUCUUUGGGGAGAAAGGCUUUUAUUCUGUACUUUUCUGUACUGUUGGAAUUUUCUGGCUAUGUAAUAAGUGUUAUUUUCUUUUUAAUGUCCAAAGAGAUGAUCUUGUGGUGCAGUUAUACACUGUUUUGUAUGUUUGUUUUUUUGUUAUAUUUCCCUAUACUAAAAAAUUCCCAUAAAUGUUUAAAUUAUCCUUUGUCAUGCAGAAAAUUUUCAUCUUAAGGGAGUCAAGUUUAUUUUUCCUUAUGAUUUGUGAUUUUUUAGUCUUAUUUUUGAAGUUUUUCCCUACACUGCUGAAUAACAUUUUUUUCCUAAAAAUUUUGCUGCUUUGCUCUUCACCUUAAGUCUAAUCUACCUGGAAUUUAUUUUUAUAUACAAUGUGUGAUUUGGUAUAAUUGUAUUUUUUUUAUACUGAUCUCCAGUUUCCUCAGAACCUAUUUAUAGUAUCUCUGCUAUAUUCCAAGUUCCUUUGUAAAUGUGUAGGCUCUCUGUUCUGUUCCACUGUUCUGUUUGUCUAUUCCUACACCAGUAUCACACUUUUGUAACUACUGUGGCUUAACAGGUUUUGAUAACUGGUAAAGUCAGUGCCCUCCUUCACUUUCCUCUUUUUCCUUCAAAGUUGUCUAGGCUAUUCUUAGCCCUUCAUUCUCUUUUAGAAUCAGCUUGUCAGUUUUCAUCAAAGCAUUUUAAGCAGGGAUGUGUCCUGAUCUAAUACUUAUUUUUAAAAUAUGACUCUCACCCAUUAGAAGCCUGUUACAGUAGUCCAGAUAAGAGAUAAUGAAUGGCUUGGACUAGGAGGAUGACAGUGGAGAUAAAAAGAAGUGGACAGAGUCAAGGUGUAUUUUGUGGGUAGAUAGGACAAGACUUACCAAAAAAAUUGAAUAUGGGAGUUGGGGAAAGGAAAGAUUCAAAGAUAAACUUGGUUUAGGUUAUUGCUGGGUGGACGAUGGUGCUAUUUAUUUAGAGAGAGCACAAAGACUAUGUGGGAAAUAUUGGCUUGGGGAAGGCGAAUCAAGAGUGCUGUUUUGAACAUGUUAAGUUUAAAAUACCUACUAGACAUUCAAAUGUGAAAUUUUUAGUAGGCAAUUGGAUAUACAAGUCUGGAUCUCAGAGGAGAGAGGUCAGGGUUAGAGUUGUGAAUUUUGGGAGACACUAGCAAAUCAGUAAUACUUAAAGUGAUAAGAAUGGGUGAACUCACCUAACUAGAGAAUGUGGAUGGAGAAUAGAAGAAGGUUUAAGACUCAUCUUGGGAUAUUUCAAUCUUUAGAUGUUGAAUAGAGAAGGAAGAACCUGGUGUCUUGGAAUUUAAGAAAGGGUAGUGUAUGAAGGAAGUAAUGGUCAGCUGUGCCAAAUGCUAUUUUUUUUUUUUAUUUGAGAGAGAAUGAGAGAGAGAGAGCACACGAGAGGGGGGAGGGUCCGAGGGAGAAGCAGACUCCCCGCUGAGCAGGGAGCCCGAUGCGGGGCUCCAUCCUGGGACUCCAGGAUCAUGACCUGAGCCGAAGGCAGUCGCUUAACCAACUGAGCCACCCAGGCACCCCUGUGCCAAAUGCUAUUGACAGGCUAAGCAAGCAGAGAAAUGUCUGUUAGAUUUGGCAACAUGGAACUCAUUGGUCACUUUAACUAGGGGAAUUUCGAGAGAAUGGAGGGAAGCCAGGCUGGUUUGGGAUGAAAAGGGAAUAAUAUGUGAGGGAGAAGAACUAGUGAAGGUAAGACCUUUCCUGAGAAAUGUGGCCAUAAAAGAGAACACAGAAGUGGAAUAUUAGUUGGGGGAUAUAAUGUGGGAUCAAGAACAAGUUUUUAGUGGGUUUAAGAUUUUAUUUAUUUAUUUAUUUUUAUUUAAUUAAUUUAUUUAUUUGACAGAGAGCACAAGCAGGGGGAGGAUUAGAGGGAGAGGGAGAAGCAGGCUCUCCAUUGAGCAUGACCUGAGCCAAAGGCAGACACUUAACUGACUGAGCCACCCAGGCACCCCAAGAACAAGUUUUUUAAAGACACAAUAUACUAGAACAUAUUUGUAUGCUGAUGAUAAUUAUUUGGUAAGGAGAGAAAAUAUAUAAUUAUGUACUUCUUUGGCUUUUAAAAAUAAUUCAGUUAUUUAUUAUAUGGGUAAUAUAAUUAUUGUACAGUGAAAAGUGAGUCUUGACCACCCCCUUCCCUGGCCCUGACCCAGUUCUCCUAAAGACAAUCACUAUUACCAAUAUCUUGGAUAACUUUCCAGAAAUAUUCUCUACAUAUAUCACUUAUUUUAUAAUUUUUUUUAUUAAUGGCAGUAUAUAAAUAUAUACAAGAGUAGAGACAACAGAAUAAUGAACUCCCAUCACCCUACCUCAGCUGGUAUUGUCAAUUCAUGGCCAGUCUUCUUUCUUCUGUACCUCACCUAACUUCUACCCACGCCUAACCCCCUGCACUGUUUAUUUUGAAGCAAAUCCCUGUCAUAUGAUUUAACCCAUAUAUAUUUUAAUGUAUAUAUCUUCAAAAGAGAACUCUUUUAAAAAUAAUAAUCACUUAUAAACCUAAAAAUAUUUGUUUAUUUAUUUAUUUAUUUAUUUAUUUUAAAGAUUUUAUUUAUUUAUUUGAGACAGAGAGAAUGAGAGACCGAGAGCAUGAGAGGGAGGAGGGUCAGAGGGAGAAGCAGACUCCCUGCCGAGCAGGGGGCCCAAUGCGGGACUCGAUCCCGGGACUCAACCUAAAAAUAUUUAAUAGUAAUUUCUUGAUAUCAUCAAAUAUGCACCCAGUUUUCUCAUUUCACCAACUGUCCUAUAAAAUUUUUCUGAUUCAGGAUCUAUGUAAGGCCUACUGUAAUUGGUUGAUAUUUGUCUUUUAAAAAAAAUUUUAAUUCCAGUAUAGUUAACAUACAGUGUUACAUUCAUUUCAGGUAUACAAUAUGGGGAUUCAACAAUUUCAUGCCUCACCCGUGCUCAUCUCGGCAAUUACACUCCUUAAUCCCCAUCACCUGUUUCAUCCCUCUGGCAACCAUCAGUUCUCAAUAGUUAAAGAGUGUUUCUUGGCUUGUCUGUGUUUUUUUGUUUUUUCUCUGCUCAUUUGUUUUGUUUCUUAAAUUUCACAUAUGAGUGAAAUCAUAGGUAUUUGUCUUUUGUUGACUUACUUCACUUAGCAUUAUACAGUUGAUACUUGUCUUAAAUAUUGUUUGAGCCAUAGGUUUCCCCUUCUUUUUUUCCUUGCAUUUUCUAUUGUUCUUAAAGAAACUAGGCCAUUUGUCCUGAAUAGUUUCUUACAAUCUGGAUUUUGCUCAUUAAAUUCCUAAGAUGUUUAACAUUUUCCCCAGUUCUUGUUCCUAUGAAUUGCUACUUAAGUGAAGCUUGAUUUGAUUCAGGUUUGUUUGUUUUUGUGCAAGACUACUUCAUAGGUGAGAGUAUACUGUCAUGAAGUGUAUAAUUAUCUGGUGUUCUUUUUGUGACAUCAGCUAUUAAACAUGACUAUGUAAAGUCCACUAAUUCAUUAGGGAUUGCAAAAUGAUAAUUUUCUAUCUUUCAUUUUUAUUAGUUGUAAGUUGUAUAUAAAAAGACAUUUCCUAUCGGGCGCCUGGGUGGCUCAGUCGUUAAGCGUCUGCCUUCGGCUCAGGUCAUGAUCCCGGGGUCCUGGGAUUUUCUUAGCAUCCUCUAAAGGUAACCAAUAAGAGAGUUGUUUUGUUUUCUUAGUGUCAUUAUAAAUUCAUGGAUUUAAGUGUUUUUGGUGUGUUCUAAUCUACUAUAGUUAUUAUCAUAAUUGCUGUUGAACUUGUCCCUACUUUGGCUAGUGGGAAAUCUUUCAGGCUGACUCUUGAGGCUUUUUUUCAGUUUUACUUAUUUGAAACUCUUUCAUCAUCCCUAUAAAUAAGCUUUAUUAAAGAUUAUGAAUUCAGUUUCCAAGUGAGCUAUAAAUGGUUUUCCAUACAGAGAUUAUUUACUUGAUUUGUUAUUUUCAUGAGCAAAACGUGUUUUGACCCAUUAGGGUUAUGUAGCUUAUAUAUUAAAAUAGGAAGAUUAUUCUGUUUUUUGUGGGUUUUUUUUUGAAGAUUUUACUUAUUUAUUUGAGAGAGAGAGACUGAGAUAGCGAGAGAGAGCACAAGCAGGGAGGAGAGGGAGAAGAAGCCUCCCCGCUGAGCGGGGAGCCCGAUAUGGGACUCGAUCCCAGGACCCUCGGAUCAUGACCUGAGCCGAAGGCAGACGCUUAACCAACUGAGCCACCCAGGCGCCCCUAUUCUGUUGUUCUUGACAUCUUUGAUGUGCAAUGUUUGAUUAGAUCUCUGAUCUGUUUGUCUUCACUGUCUUUAUAAACACUGAGACUGCAUAAUCUCUUAAGACCUUGCACUUCAUAUGAAUCAUAAAAGAAUAUCUGUCACUGUGGCAGUUUAUCAUUUGAAUGAUAAUUCCAGUUCCUUUAAAAAUAUUAAAAUGUCUGCCCUUCAAAACAGCGGGGAAAGGCAUGAGAAAUGCUUCAGGGCACUGAUAGAAAUUAUAAUUGACCGUAGCUUUUGUCCCAUGGUAACACAUUCUUAGGGUACCAGACCAUUGCAUACAAUAGGACUACCAAUAUGCUGCCCUCAAAGUCAGGAAAAAAAUUUUUUGAGAUAUAAUUCAUAUACUAUAAAAUUUAAUGUAUAUAAUCUAGUGCCACUUAGUUCAUUGCGCAACCAUUACCAUUAGUAGUUCCAGAACAUUUUUAUCAGCCCCAAAGGAAACCCUGUACCCGUUAGGCAGUCACUUUUCAUUUCCAGCUUUCCCGAGCCCCUGGCAACCACUAAUUUGCUUUCUGUCUCUAUGGAUUUGCCUGCUCUGGAUAUUCCAUAUAAAUAGAAUCAUACAAUAUAUGGCCUUUUAUAUCUGGCUCCUUUCACUUAGCAUGGUAUUUUUAAGGUUCAUCCAUAUUUUAUCAUGUAUGGGUACUUCAUUUCUUUUUUUUUUUAAUAGAAUUUAUUUUUUAAAACAUUUUUAGGUUUAUAGAAAGCUGAGCAGAGAGUACAGAGAGUUCUAUAAAAGCUCCCUCUUCCCCCCUCAUACUUUCCCCAUAUCUCCCCUAUUAUUAAUAUCUUGCAUUUGUGUGGUGCAUUUGUUAUGAUUGAUGAACCGAUACCAAUAUAUUAUUAUUAACUGAAGUCUGUUGUUUACAUUAAGAUUCACUCUUUGUGUUGUUUGAUUCUGUGGAUUUUGACAAAUGUAUAGUGUCAUGUGUAUACCAUUACAGUAUCAAACAGAAUAGUUUCACUGCCCUAAAUAUCCUCUGUGCUCCAUCUGUUCAUCCUUCCCUUUCUACUUAACCCCUAACAACUACUCAUCUUUUUACUACUACUUUCUACAGAAUGUCAUACAGUUGUAAUCAUUUAAUAUGUAAUCUCUGGCAACCAGUAACUUUUUUUUUUUUUAAGAUUUAUUUAUUUGAGAAAGAGAGCAUGAACGCAUGCAAGGGGGCAAGGGGGGAGGGGCGGAGGGAGAGGAAGGAGAGAAUCCCCCCCCCCCCCCCCACCCACCAGCAGGCUCCUGGCUGAGCAGAGUCCAACACAGGGCUGCAAGGCUGAAUCACAGGACCCUGAGAUCUCGACCUGAGCCAAAAUCAAGAGGUGGAUGUAUAACCGACUGAGCCACCCAGAAUUGGUGGAGUCUCUUUCAUUGCAGGGAUCUUAUGCUGGAAAAAUUCAUUCCAUUGGUGAUGCCUUCAGAAAUUUUAAAAACCUCCGAUCCUUAGAUUUAUCAAGAAAUUUGAUCACAAGCCUGAAGGGCAUCCAGUACUUAUGCUCACUCCAAGACCUGAAUUUAUAUUAUAACAACAUUCCUUCAUUAGUGGAGGUGUCCCGCCUACAGCCUUUACCCUUCCUCAAAGAACUAGAUUUGAGACUCAAUCCUGUUGUCAGGAAAGAUACAGAUUAUAGGCUCUUUGCUGUGUACACGCUACAAACUCUGGAGAAACUGGAUGACCGAGCUGUGCGAGAAAGUGAGAGAAAAGCUGCCAAGCUGCAUUUUAGUCAGUUGGGCAACAGUGAAAAUUUUCUUUUAGAGGUGGAAAAAAGCUCUAGGGAGAAGACAAUGAAAAACUUUGUGACAGAUGAGAGCUGUGCAUCAAAAGUCAGUGCCGAUGUUGAUAACAGAAUUGAAACUGACUCAAACAAAGGACUUUUUAUUCCCUUCCCCAACCGGGAAAUAAAGGAUUCCCUAAUGAGUACUUCUGCAACCCAGGGCAAUGGUAUACCAGAUCAGAAAUUAGACACUUGCCCACUGGGAACACAGGAAGUGGCAAGAAGGGAGAUCCCAAGUGACAAUCACCAGGAAGAUGAAUUUAGACACUACUCUCCUCGUCAGUCCACGGUCCGAUCCCCAGAGAAGAUGUCUCGAGAAGGCUACCGACUAUCUUUUUUGGACAAUAAGUCUUCAGGUUCUUCUCCAGAAAAGGAUUUGAUACUAAAAUCUGAUACUUACCAGCUUACCCAUGAUGUCUCAUUGGGUAAACGUCUGGAUGUGGGUGAUUCUAGCCAGAUCCAUCCCUUUCAGUUACCUGCAGAUGUUGGUCUAGAAAAUUAUGAUAGUCAUUAUUCUCACAAUCUAUCCCUGCAUGGAAGUCUUGGAAAAAGGCCUCAGAGAAGCAAGAACUACCGAGAAUAUAGCAUAAAGCCUUCAAAUGACAUGAAGGCCAGCGCAUCUCAUUCCUGUGGAGACUUACUGACUUCUCUGUCAAACCCUGACUCUGGCACCGGAAGGCUUUUGAAGCUUAGUUCAGAUCUGUAUGCCACAACCCAUUUCAACAGUGACCCUGCUCUGCUGGUAAAUGUAGAGCAACAAUUAUCUACCAGUCUCAGUGACUUAACACCAGCACCUGGCUCUUUGCCAAACAACUCUGCCCUGGGAGACUCUCUACGGACACGGCUGUUGCCUACUGGGACCUCAGAACACAGAGAGAAUCUGACCAAGAGGUCAUUAAGCCCAUCGAGGAGAGGAUUCAAACGGAAGGACAAUAUCCCUGCCACCCUGAAUCCAAAGAUUGGUUUCAGAGAUGCUACGGGAAGCGAGCCUCUUUCUAGUGACCUGGGCAGUUUGCAUGGUUUGCCAGGAAACCACAGUCCCCCGAUCUCUGCCAGAACCUCCCAUGUGGCCACUGUCCUCAGACAGCUUUUGGAGCUUGUGGAUAAGCACUGGAAUGGCUCUGGCUCUCUCCUUCUUAACAAGAAGUUUCUCGCUUUUAAGAUUGGCCCGUGUGCCCAACCUGAAUUUUUGGCAGGUCCUGCCCGAGAUUUACUUCUGACUUUGGUAGUCCCUGCUCCUUCCCAGCAGUGGUGUCACUCACAUCCUGAAGAUAUGUCAAAAACCUUCCGCAGGAGAGAGAUGGAACUGAAGGAAGCUGGGCAUGUGGUCCCUAAUGACAUGGAAAGUUUGAAGCAAAAACUGGUCAGAGUGCUAGAAGAAAACCUCAUUUUGUCAGAAAAAAUCAAGCACUUGGAGGAAGGUGCUGCUACCUUGAUUGUGAGUGGGCACCAGUCACACACCUAUGAUGAUCUUCUGUGCAAAAACCAACAGCUGAACAUGCAGGUGGCUUGCCUGAACCAGGAGCUUGCCCCGCUGAAAAAGCUGGAGGAGACAGUGGCCCUUCUCCAUGAAAGUCAGAGAUCCCUGGUGGUAACUAAUGAGUAUCUGCUGCAGCAGCUGAAUAAAGAGCAAAAAGGUUAUUCUGGGAAAGCACUCCUGCCUCCUGAGAAGAGUCAUCAUCUGGGGAGAUUGUCACCCUUGGGGAAAAGCACGCUGUCUUCCUCCUCACCAGUGGCACAUGACACGGGAUACGGAUUAGGGUGGUCGGCGCCCGCGUCUCUUACCUGCUUCUACUUCGUGGCUGUUUCUGCAGUGCGUGUUCGAUGGACAGAAGGACGCAAGAACGGACCGACAGACGCGGGAGACCAGGCGGCUCCAAAGCUCUGCUCCCUGCCGGCUUCGGGGCGGGACUGCAGCCCGGGCGGUUCCGCCGUAUUAUCCCCUGUUUCUCGGUCUCCAUAG